CCCCGUCACUGUGUGGAAACUCUUGUGGCAGCUCUGCAGGAGGUGGAUAGUAUCCCUGCCUAUCUUCCCAACUGUCUGCUGCUGAAGGACACAGUGGACCAGGCUAAAGACUGGCUUCAGGAGGCAGAGACCUUACAGGUAUGAGCCUCUUAGGUUGUGCCCCAAAUGCACCCUAUUCCCUAUGUAGUGCACUACUUUUGACAAGGGCCCUAGGCAAAAGUAGUGCACUGCAUUCUAGUUUAUGAUCCCAUGUAAUCUGAAAAUCUCUGAAUAUAGUUAUAUUCUAUAUUGGUAUCUUUUUAAAUAACAAUACAACUGCUUCUGGUUAGCCGGACUGAAAAGAAGAAAGGGAGAAGAGAAAAGGAAAGAAAGACACACUCUUAUAAGUCUAUCUUUAUGCUUGUGUGUGUCUGUUUUUUGUGUGUAGCUGGGAAGCCGUAUCCCUGUGCUGGAUACCCUGACUGACCUGGUGUUCCGGGCCAAGGCCAUCCCAGUCUGGCUGGACCCCCUGGCUCGACUGGAUUCCCUGGUGUCUGACGUGCAGGCCUGGAAGGAGAGCGCCGCCAAGACCUUUCUAAUGAAGAACUCCCCUUACUCCCUGCUGGAGGUAAACUAUCUACAACAAUCUAAUGCCAAUACACAUAAUCAGACAUUUUAGGUGUUGUCAAAAGUAGUACUCUAUAAAGGAAAUAGUGUGCCAUUUGGGAGUUAGUCUUAGAAUCACUCAUAAUAUAAUAUCCAGAGAUCCUGAGGUUUUUGGGAUGUGGCUGUGUCUUUUGUGUGUUUAGGUGCUGUGCCCCCGGUGUGAGGCUGGGACGGGGCCUCAGAAGUCCAAGUCUAAAAGGGCAAAAGAUGCGGCCCAGUGCAGCAAGAGAAAUGGCGCCAGGCUGGACUGCCUGAGCGAUGUGGAGAGGGCCCUCUCAGAGAGCAAGGACUCCGCCUCUGCUGUACGUGCUGCUCUCUCUAUCUCUGUCUAUGUACAUGUUUAAAAAAAAUAAAAAAAUAAAAAAAAGCAGACCAUUGAACUCACUUAUUAAGUUCCACUAUAUUCUAAAGACACUCACUACACCCAACUAUUGCAAUCAGUGAACCCCUCUAAAUUGAUAUGAGGACCGAUGAUAUGAAGGUGCAUGACUAAAUGUAUGGUUUGAUACAGUAUUGUAAUUCCAUAUACUGUAGCUGUGUAGGUUACUGUCUGGUUACAUGUAUGUUGAUGUAGUGAGUAUUGCGUGUUGACAUGCCAACCUGUGCUUGUUCCCCUUUCUGUAGAUGGCCACUCUGGCCGAGGUACGUCAGAAGGAGAUGGAGAGUCUGCUGGCCCUUAGGGCCUCCAACGAGUCCAAGCUCCUCCCGGCCGGCGACUGCGGGGCAUUGAGGGUGUGCGUGUGCCACAAGGCUCCGUCAGGCGCCAUGCUGCAGUGCGAGCUCUGCCGUGACGCCUUCCACCGCGACUGCGUCUUAGGCUCUAACCAGGACUCCUUCCCCAACCAGGCCUGGCUGUGCCCCCCGUGCCAACUCUCAGAGAAACCCCCUCUGGACCGGGUGCUUCCCCUGCUGGCCUCCCUGCAGCGCAUCCGGGUGCGGCUGCCUGAGGGUGACGCCCUACGCUUCCUCAUCGAGAGGACGGUCCGCUGGCAGCACCGCGUGCAGCAGACCUCCGCCGAGGGGGAGCUGGGGGAGGGGGUGGCCGUGAUGACGUCACAUCAGCGCUGGGCCUCGUCCAGUCCCACAUGGGCUCUGAAUCAGGAAACAAACAGCACAUCGUUCUACACGGAGCACCAGUGCAUUCCUCUGCAGGGUCAGUGUCGGACUAGGAACAACAUCUAAUACCCCAAUCUCUCAUAACAAUUCUAAUUGCUAUCAAUGAAUAGUUCUAUCAAACAAGUCACAUUUCUAUCAUAUUUAUCAAAUUAAUGACACGUAAAAAUUUAAAAAAUCCGGAAAGGGCAGUGUUGAACCUUGUUAUUGGUGUGUGUUUCAGGACUGAGCCCUGGGCUGGAGGAGUUGAUGGUGGAGGGCUUCCUGCUGCAGGUGACUCUGCCUGAGACCCAGCAGCUGUACAGGUCCCUCCUCAUUAGACUGGACCCCCUCCUCCAACACCACCACACAGACAGCCCCUUUCCACAGCACAGCGCAGAGCAGGACCAACACCAGCACAACUCUCAGGGAGGGAGCCCCCCUCACAACCAGGUAACAUACUAGUCUACUACUUCAAAGCAGAUCUCAGGUAGCAGGCUAACCACUUGAUAUAAUGGUUAUAUUGAUGUAUUUGUGAAGUUUCUGAAAAUGUGUCCUUCAUGUUGACAUUAAUUUUUUUGAUAUAAUUUAUUUGAGUAAUAAAUAAUACAACAAGAUGUGCAUUGGAUCCCAGAGGAUGGCACUUAAAAGCAUUAAUUAAACUACUUAUUUCCAAAGUGGUCCUCGAUGGUAAAACAAACAUCUAAUGAUUAAAAGAUGACAGUUACAAAACAAGCAUUAUUCAAACCAAAACAACACAUUCAUAUGUAUGACUUUAGAGAUCCUAUAGAAGUGGUAAAGGAGUCAAUGGAAUGCAGAUGUUCCCUGUGUAGCUCAGUUGGUAGAGCAUGGCGCUUGCAACGCCAGGGUUGUGGGUUCGAUUCCCACGGGGGGCCAGUAUAAAAAAAUAAAGUACGGUAUGCACUCACUAACUGUAAGUCGCUCUGGAUAAGAGCGUCUGCUAAAUUACUAAAAUGUAAAUGUUCCAUUGACCAGAUUGGCCCACAUUCAACAAAUCUGAUCUAACAAAGUGGAUAUUCAUCAAAUCUGUCAUGAUUUAUGUAUUGUAACAGGCCCACAAGUUAGAUUUGGCUGUUUUCGCUGCAUAACAUGUAGAAGUUGUCCCUUUUCAGGUUUAGAAGAAGUGACUGCUAAAUGCUAACUCCCGCUCGUAUCAGUUGGUUAGCAUAGCUAGCAUACAGAACUCGUUGAUGGUAGUCAGUCAUUUUUAAUUAAUGCAGUUGAUUGGUAACGAUGACAUGAACAUGUGUUGGGGUUGACAUCCAUACAAGCAUUAUACUCCAAUUUUUACUUCAACAUAGUGUGAAAACACGUAUAAAGAAUAGCCAAAAUGUAGACUAAUUUUGCUGGGGUGCAAUAGAGCAAACAGGGAAAUUGUUCCAAUCAUUUUUCCCAUAGGGAAUUUUAGAAACACUUAAAAUAGGAGCUGUAUUUCGUGUAGGCUUACCCUGGCGUGACAUUUUGAUAACCAUGUAAAUCUCUCUCGGACAAGGUGACUUUUAUCAAUAUAUUCAGAUCUAUUUACUCUGACUCAAAAAACGCUAAUUAGCCUCAAACUGGACAUCAUGCAAGACAACAAAUCCCUGCAAGCUCCUGCACGUCAUCUCUAGCUGACACUUUUGCUAACAGGUAUUGUCAAUUUAAAACUUGCACAAGACAGUUCACAGAAUUGACAAUUUAAAGAAAUGUUGCCAAUUUAUGCAUUACUACAUUUCCAGAGAUUCUUACCUUUGCCUUGAUUCGGCAGUCUCGUCCAGAUCAUCAUGGCAUUUGUAGUUCUUUAUGAUAGCUACAUUAGCAGCUAAUUAGCGUUUCAUUUUGGGGGGGGGGGUAAAUACAGACAAAUAUAUUGAUAAAAGUCACCUUGUCCUAGAGAGAUUUACAUGGUUAUCAAAACGUCACGCCAUGUUAAGCCUACACGAAACACAGACUUUAUUUUAAGUGUUUCUAAAAUCCCCUAUGGGGAAAAAUGAAUGGUGGAAAAAACAUUUCCUUGUUUGACCGCUAGGUUUUAUUGGUAUUAUGACUCCUAAUGUGGUACUCUGAGGAGACUGGCAAUGAGGAGACUCUGGAUCUUUACCCCACAAGAUUCCAUGGCAUUUCCAUUGUUUUGGUCGAGUUCGAUUGACCUCUUUACCGCAUCUAUUAAAUUACUAGAGGGGAUAUGUCACAAACCCUCAAAGUUCCAUAAUGGGGGCGAAAAUGGCAGCCAUCUUGGUCAGCGAGAAGUCCAAAACCAGUGUAAUUGGAAUGGAGGGCAGUAGAGGCAUUGGUAAAGCAUUUCCUGCUUUUACUUAUGCAGGAAAAUAAAAGUAAGGCAUGUGAUGGAUCAGAAAUUGUGUAAUGGAAUUAUAGUCAACCUAAAAUAUUGUCAUAUAAUUAUAUGUGCAGUUUGUACAGGUUUUAUAUACACAUUUCUGUAUAAAUAGCCUGUAAAAUAUAUGUAAACAGACCAUAAAAGUCUGAUUUUUGUUUUCUUGGAAAGCUGAGAGUGCUAUUAUAAUGAUACAAUAUCAGUACUUGUUGCAUUUACAACAUGUCUAAAUCCUAUCAACUGAUUUCAGCCAGUGUAUGGCUGUGGAUUGACUGCAUUGUUUGAAUGGAAUGUUGGCAUAUUGGCAGUUAAUUUGAAAAAUUUAUGGAAUUAUUCCUCUAAAACUGGCUGGCUAGCUAACACACAUACAGUGCAGAUGCAUUACUACAGCACUGGCAAAUCAUGGUUGACCAACUCCCUGACCAACAUGGCUGACCUUUGGACCAUCAUAAGAAGGUUUAUGUCCAUUCUAGUAUUCUAAUUCUUAAUUAUAUGUGUAUGACCUUCAUGUGUGGUUACUGUUUUCACCAGAACGGAGUAGCCUGUCCCAAAAAGGAGGCUGUGAACGGAAAGAGGACCAAGCGGCACAUAGAGGAGGAGGGCCCCGAGCGCAAGGACAAAGCCAAGAAGCCCCGCAAGAAGAAGCCCAAGAUGAACAAGGAGAGGAGCCAGGAGUCCAAGGGGACCUCUUCACCCACCGCCACCCACUCUGACCUCUCCCUGUCGGACUCGGAUGAAGACUUCACCCUGUGCGCUGCACCAUGGUGCCGAGAGCCAGAGGGGAAACAGGUUAGCAUUACACCCCCCUCCACUGCGUUAUGUUGUGGGUCAUUUCAAUGUGUUUUCCCUCCCCUCAUAUCAAAUUGUUUUAGAGAUCGACUAAGACAUAUUGUUGUAUAUUCAAAAUAGUAUGUAGUAUAAUUUGUAUAAAGUACAUAUACAGCAACAAGAACUCAUACAGAAGCUGACCAGUGUCUAUUUCCCUCUCUUUUUAUCAGGUGAACUGGGUCCAGUGUGACGGAAGCUGCCAGCAGUGGUUCCAUCAGGUCUGCGUGGGAGUGUCUGCAGAGCAGGCUGAAAAAGAGGACUACAUCUGUAUCAGCUGCACACAGCCAGACCACACCAGGGAGUGAAGACUAAAAGGAAAGGUUUUGAAGGAUCAUCAGUUUAGUUUAACUCACAGCUUUGGGUGCAUAACCACCCAGUGAACUCCCUUUCUUCGCUGUGCUCUGGUCCCACUGCCUCCUCAUUGACCUUCCUGGUCUGGCGACAACGGUGCUACUUCCUCCUUGUUCCCAGCCCAGACUGCUUUUCAGAGCUAUUGAGGCUCUUCCAUCACUGUUUUGUUAUAGUGGCUGGCUUUACAGCCAAUCAAUUUCAUAUUUCCAAUCAACUACAUGAUGCAGAUUGUACUGCAUGAGGUUCCAACUUUUUACGGAGAAUAAAGUGGAGGAAACAAUACUUUUUCACUUGACUGACUUGACUUGCAUGUGUAACAAGAUGACAAUGCAGGGAUUUUUCAACCAAAAUAAGUCAAUUGGACAACAUUUUUGGAACCCAGUUUUUGUACAUGCAUCUGAAAUGUGAACCAUUUUUUUCUUAUGUAGAGCUAAUAUUAUUUAUCUGAGCAAAUACUGAACUGCUAAAUAAUUGGAGUUCAGCUUUCGUCUGAGCUAUGUUUGUGCUUAGAAAUGGUUCUAUACUAGAACAUAGAAAAUACCCUCCUAGGCUGUAGGUUGAAAGUGAUGCGUGUUUGACUUGCAACCUAGCUAACAUAAGGAACUGUGCGAAUUAACUGCCACAUGGUAUCAUUUGACUUUUUUCCUCCUUUGGGUAAAUAUGAAUCGUAUGUUGCAGUUUGCAUAAGGAAUAAAAUAAUUUUUCCCACAA